AUGUACAAAGGGCCUGUAUCCGUCUGUUACGAAGCAGAAGGGUGUCCUCAUUUCUUGCCUCAUCUGAACUUUCUCUCCUUCUCACCAAGGAUCAAAGGCUGGUGGGUGUCCCACCAUUACGUCUCCACGUUCCUGUCUGGAGUGAUGCUGACAUGGCCUAAUGGACUCAUUUAUCAGAAGUUUCGAAAUCAGUUUUUAGCCUUCUCCAUUUUUCAGAGCUGUGUUCAGUUCCUACAGUACUAUUACCAGAGGGGCUGUCUCUACAGAUUGCGAGCCCUGGGGGAGAGGAACCACCUGGACCUCACGGUGGAAGGGUUCCAGUCUUGGAUGUGGCGGGGCCUUACCUUCCUCCUGCCUUUCCUUUUCUGUGGCCAUUUCUGGCAGCUCUACAAUGCCGUCACGUUGUUUGAGCUCUCCAGCCAGGAGGAAUGCAAAGAAUGGCAGGUAUUUGUGCUGGCCCUCACCUUCCUCAUCCUCUUCCUUGGCAACUUCCUCACCACACUCAAAGUUGUGCAUACCAAACUUCAGAAGAACAGAAACAAGACAAAGCAGCCAUGAGCCGCUGGACUCUUGGGCCUGGGGGCCUUGGGAAUUAAGGCUGCUGGAGGUUAUAGUCAGCAGCCUGGCUGCCCAUCACUGGUAGCCGUGGACAGCAGCAUCUCAGGGGCCAGCAGCAGCACUGGGGGCAGGACCAAGGCCCUGGUCCCUGGCCAGACAUGAGGAAUGUGAAGGGCGCCUGCGCGCACUGUGUUGACCUGCCCCAGCUCCCUAUUUAUACCGUAUUUAACGCUGCCGGGUCUUCCCCCACUUCCCUGGAAUCCGAGGCCUUCCCUGCAGCUCUGGGUAAUGGCAGUGGCCAUACCUGUGUCUGUCUUCCAGGGAGGGGCGAAAAGCCUCAGGGAACCCCUCCCCGGGUUUAGAUGUGCCUCAUGGGGGGUUGGCAUUAGCUGACCUGCUAUUUACUGUGGCCCAGGCACCGGGUGGAAUGAAACUUUCAGCAUCCUGUGGAGCCCCCUCCCCUGGGCCACCACCUCUGUUGUAAGAUACCCCCCCUCCAUAUCCUCCACCCUCUGUGAUGAGGGAGUAUUUAAGUUCUCAGAGAACCUG